UCCCUCGAAAAUUUAUCCCUACCAGCCCGCCAGCACCAGAUUUUCGAACUUGGGAGAGCAACAGUUGAACAAUAUGGUGUGGAGUCAGUCGAUCUAAACGCCCGCGUAGAAUAGCAUCAGCACCGUCGACCUCCCAGUUCGCAUUAACCACGAUGUGGUAAAACCUUGACUAUGUAUUUGUUUACUGUACUCGCUUGCUUAGUAAUAGAUAAGGCAGUAUUUUCUCACGGUUACACCAAUGAGAAGUGUUGUAGAUCCGGCGAGUACUUGAAGGAGACAGAUAAUACUUACAAUUGCACCGAAAACGUAAGUAAACGGUUCGAUGUCUUGACGAACGAGACGAAUUUUUUGGAAAGAGGCGUCGACGGUGAAUGCGUGGACGCGACGCCCGAGUUUUCGAUUUUCAAAGUAGUGGCCGGACAACCUGUUGGUGUAAGGCCCUUCGAGGAACCGUAUUUUCCUAAAUGUUGCCCUUUGAACUACACCUACAACACCGUGCUGCAUUCUUGCGAAGAAAGAGAAAACGCCACCCACUGGUACAUCAGAGAGACUUUCGUUAAAGUUGGAUUGCCCGAUUGUAAGGUAAUAGUGGAUUUUCAUCUAAAUGAAGAGAAUGCGUCCGACUUGUACGCUCGCAUCGUGGACAUUAGAAGACACUCCGAAUACUGCGUCGAUGAGAAUGAGAAUGGAACUUUCACAAUGAGGGAAUGUAGAAUGGACACUGAUAUAUGUGAUCGUAUAAGGUGUGUGAAAAAAUGCUGCCCGGAUGGACAGAGCUUCAUUAAUGGACCUCACUGUCGCGACACUUACACAAACGGUUUGAAUUUAAGAUCUUCAUCGGUCGUAGACAGUCCAGAAGAUCCCUUUGUAGUCAUAUCCAACCACACAUGCAAGAAGAUUUACUUAAUGAGUGAGAGGAGAUACGUUUUCAGACUGGCUAAAGAUGGAUCAUUCGUAUAUUGGAUGAACUUCACCAAUUCUUUCAUCUCCGAGGGUAUAAAUCAUCCGAAUUCUUACUGUUUCGAGCAUUCCGGGGGCAAGAAAGCGAAUGGCUUCUUCUUCUUUAAAUGCUACCCAGAAAAACCUAUCAAGGAAAAGUUUAUAUAUACACUAGUCCCGAAAAUAAUGUCCUGUGUGUUCUUGUUGCUGACCAUUUUGAUUUACUUCAUUUUGAACGAGACGAGGAGCCUCUUUGGGAAAAUAUUGAUGAACUAUUGCAUAUCUACGUUGAUGCUUUUCUCCAUUCUGACUUACGCUCAGAAGAAACUAGAUACAAGCGACACCACUUGUAAACUAAUAGGUUAUUCGCUGAUAUUUACAUCUACUGUUUCCUUCGCUUGGCUGAAUGUUAUGUGCUGUGAUAUUUGGUGGACAUUCGGACAUUACGAAGUAAGAAGGUCUACGAAACAAUCUGUGGGAGUGUACCAAAGGCGAAAAGAUUUAAAGAAGCUACUAUACUAUCUGAUUUAUGGUUGGGGCAUGCCGACGUUACUAACUUUGAUAAUAUUCUUCUUCAGUGAGAAGAAAAUUCUUCCUUACGUCAUUCAACCUUUCGUGGGCACCAAUAUAUGCUUCAUCGAAAACAGACCAAACAACUAUGGUGCAAUUAUCUUCCUACGACUUCCCCAUUUUUUGAUACAGUUAGUCAACACUGCACUUUUUUUCAAAACAAUUUUGUAUUGUUUGAGAAUAAAAAACGAGAUAAACAAAAUUAACGACACCACCAAAAGUGAGAAGAAGUCAAGUUUCAACAAAGAUAAGGAAAGGUUGUCGUUAAUUCUGAAACUUGCUAUUAUUAUGGGUGUAACAUAUAUUUUCGAUGUGAUGUCUUCAUUUGUCGAAAUGAGUAAAAUGGGAAUAAUUCCUCAGUAUAUUGAAAUUAUUUGGGAUAUAAUAAAUUGCUUACAAGGUGUAUUCAUAUUUAUUAUCUUCAUUUGCAAAAGGAAGAUCUACUACGACUUCCUGCGAAGAAUGAAGAUAGGAAGAGCAAGAAGCACCUUCAGCAAGCAAUCGAUCACUUCAACUACACGGAUGAGUACAAUGAACUCAACUCGAAAAUCUACCAGAUCCAUUAUGUAAAACUUACAAGCACAAUCAAUGUAUUUGGAACUGUUCACUUUGAUAAAUGUAUACCUUCUGAAAUGAGAUUUACGACAUGUGAUAAUUCCCACAGCACAUAGUUUCACAUAUUGGUGGUUAUGGUAUUGUGAUACAAGUAACAUAUGCUUAGAAAUUUAUUUAUCAACGAAACCUACUAUAGCUAAGUUACUUGUAUUUACAACAAUCUACCUCAGUUUACUAAUUUAUUUUGCCAUAACGUGUAACUUCAUGUUAAGUAUUAUUUAAAAUAUAUCUGUUAUAAGAGUACAAAUAAAUUACUACAUUCUUCACGAUAAGAUGUCUCCAUCAGUUCUAGCUUUUUAGAAGAGUGGGGAUACUGUAUUUAUAAUAUUGCACAUUUAUAUUGCCUUGUAUAGAUACACGAAUAAUUAAUUUAUUUUAUAUUAAAAAUGCUAGCAGACCAAUGCCCUGAAAGAUGCUUUACAGCAGUGUUAUGACGUGAAGGGAGUUAGAAAGAAUUAAGUAUGAAGUAUUUAUUUAUUUUAUGUACUUAGGGUCGGCUUAUCAAAAGAUUUUUUAAUCUGAUUUAACCAAUUCCCUCAAAUGUUUCAUACCUUAGCAAAGAAACUUUAUUUAGUUAAACUUAUUUUGAUAAACCGACACUUAGAGAAUUGAAUUAUGCUGUAGCAAAAGUGGUUUUGUUGCAAUGAUCUGACUGAAUAAUUGUAUAUAUUAUGUUAUAGCUUUUGUAUUAUAUUAUUCAAAUAUAUGGUGA